UCCGCCCCUCCAGGUGCUGUAAGUCUGAAGCCAGCAAACAUGGCCGCCACCUACUGCCUCGACCGGGUUAUGGCUGCCUUGGCAGGGCUGGUGCUGUUGUCCUUCGGCAGCUUGGCCAUUAGUAAGAUCGAGGAUCAAGCAGAGCAACUCUUUAGGAGUGGCCAUACAAACAACUGGGCGGUUUUGGUUUGUACUUCCCGAUUCUGGUUUAAUUAUCGACAUGUUGCAAAUACUCUUUCUGUUUAUAGAAGUGUCAAGAGGCUAGGUAUUCCUGACAGUCACAUUGUCCUAAUGCUUGCAGAUGAUAUGGCGUGUAACCCUAGAAAUCCUAAACCAGCUACAGUGUUUAGUCACAAAAAUAUGGAAUUAAAUGUGUAUGGAGAUGAUGUGGAAGUGGAUUAUAGAAGCUAUGAGGUAACUGUGGAGAAUUUUUUACGGGUAUUAACUGGGAGGAUCCCUUCUAGUACUCCUCGGUCAAAACGCCUUCUUUCUGAUGAUCGAAGCAAUAUUCUUAUUUAUAUGACAGGACAUGGUGGAAAUGGUUUUUUGAAAUUUCAAGAUUCUGAAGAAAUUACUAACAUAGAACUUGCAGAUGCUUUUGAACAAAUGUGGCAGAAAAGACGCUACAAUGAACUACUGUUUAUUAUUGAUACUUGUCAAGGAGCAUCCAUGUAUGAGCGAUUUUAUUCUCCUAAUAUAAUGGCUCUAGCUAGUAGCCAAGUGGGAGAAGAUUCACUCUCGCACCAGCCUGAUCCUGCAAUUGGAGUCCAUCUUAUGGACAGAUACACAUUUUAUGUCUUGGAAUUUUUGGAAGAAAUUAAUCCAGCUAGCCAAAAUAAUAUGAAUGACCUUUUUCAGGUAUGUCCCAAAAGCCUGUGUGUAUCUACUCCUGGACAUCGCACUGAUCUUUUUCAGAGGGAUCCUAAAAAUGUGCUGAUAACUGAUUUCUUUGGAAGUGUCCGGAAAGUGGAAAUUACAACAGAGACUAUUAGUUUGCAACUAGAUUCAGAAAUCAUGGAAGACAGAUAUAAGGAAGACCAGAUGUCUGAGGAACUAAUGGAACCUCUGAAAUACGCUGAACAACUUCCUGUAGCUCAGAUAAUACACCAGAGCUUUUCAUGUGGAUAUUGAACCUUCUAGGAUGCAGUGAACCACUGUCAUUGCCCCUCUACCUCCCAACAUGUUGCUUACUGGGAAUUGUAUUUAAAGACAUGUAUCCUUUUUUUAUAAAGAGGUGUGGUGUUGGGGAGGUGAGGAUGAGCUACACUACUUUGGCUGCCUCAUAAAGCCAUCCUACAAAUAAACACUGUAGCUCUUAAACAGCAGACAGAAAAAUGUAGAGGGUUAAAGUCCCUUUCUUAGCUCACAGAAUUACUGUGUUUCAUAGAGCAAAGCACAUGGUGCAUGGGUGUGUACCAAUCAGAAAUCUGGCCCCCCAUUAAUACGUUUCUAGACUUGGUUUCCAGGACUUCCAGGUAGUGAAAAUAUCUGAGGCUUUUCAUAAGUGCUUAACUUAAUUUUGAUAAGUGUGUCUGGUCAUUUUUUCCAUGUUUUUGUGAGCAUUCUCGUGAGAAGAUGAAAGAGGCUCCGCUGGGCGAUUCUAGUCAGAUGCCACGUAAGACUGAGUCCCAAGUGCAUUCGUUAAUAAUUUUCCAUUUUUUGUUAAUCAAAAAUAUGUAAUCAACGUAAGAUAAAAAAUCAAAGCAACUGCAAAAAAGCAGUUUUAAAGGGCUAAGAUUUAGUGCUUUUGUUAGCCUGUGCAGUUUUUAAUAUGAAUAAUUGUACCAUGCCGUUAUGAUUUUGGAAUUAUAACACGCUUCUUAGCUCCUCAUUACUACUUUUGAAGUUUGCUGUUGGGGUACCACAGCUCUAGCACUUUUAUUUUCUUUCUAGUCCUCUCCUGGGCGUCAGCAGUCUAGAUGUGGGACACUGAAGGGCCAGGAAGCAAUGCCUCCAGAAUUCUCCAAACCAGCCUUUGGAAUAAAAAUAGCUUCCAGUACCAAUUCUUCAGCCUUUGGUGAAAUGAUAGUUACUUCCGAGGAAGCUGUUUUCUCUCUUAGUUGUCUUAUAUCUGGCAACUUUCCGAUUGCUAAAUUUAAGAUCUAAUGGCAAAAUUACAACCUUGAAGAAUCCAUCUAUUUAGAAAGUAGAGUUUCUACAGCUGUAAAAAUAAAAUUCAAUAUUAACUACCUGAUCAUGAUUUUAAUAAUCUCUGUUGAACCAUAGAACUUAAAUUACGUUUUUAAAAAACAAAAAGAUUUGGUUUAAACACCUGCCGAACCCCUUUAGCACUGAAAUUUAUUAAUUUGAUUUUUAUAAUGUGUUGUAGCCUAUAUUAAUGCCAGAUUUUGAAAAUAUUUAUUUACUUCUCUACAUUAGUAAGACAAAAGUUUGGCGGUUUGAAUCCACUCAGAGGCCCUUAGGAAACAGGCCAGGCGAUCUGCUUCUGACAGGUCACAGCCUUGAAACCCUGUGGACUGCAGUUCUACUCUGCACACAUGGAGUCACUACGAGCAGAAUCAACUUGAUGGCAACUAACAACAACAGUCUAAGUGUGUGUAUGUUUGUGUAUGACUUUUCAAAUACCAUGUAAAUUAGAGACUCCUAGUUUUGGGGGAAGAUCAGAAUCUUGUCUCUAAUUAGGUCAGUGCUUUUAAACUGGGUUCCCAGGGAACAUCUCCAGGCCAUUGUAUAAAGGUGUUCUUCCAUUAAUUAGGAAUAAUGGUUAUCUUUUUUUAGUUCAUAGAAAAAUAAUUUAAUGGUCUUAAGCUUUUUUAAUCUUUUGGCAUGAAUUACCAACUUUUUGAAUAGUAGAAAAUAAACAGGACAAAAACUGAAUAGUAGUCAGUCAUUUUUAGUUCACUUGCUUUUUUUUUUCAUCGACCCAUCCUUGUGAUGUUCACAUUAAAAAAAAAAAAAACGCCAAAUGCACUGCCCUCGAGUCGAUUCCAACUCAUAGGGACGCUAUAGGACAGAGUAGAACUGCCCCAUAGAGUUUGCAAGGAGCGUCUAGUGGAUUCCAACUGCCGACCUUUUGGUUAGCAGCUGUAGCUCUUUCUUUAAUAUAGCCCACUGCCAUCGAGUCCACUCUGACUCCUAACAACCCCUUAGGGUUUCCAAGGCUGUAAAUCUCUAUGGAAGGAGACUGCCACAUCUUUCUCCCAUAGAGCCGCUGGUGAUUUCAAACCACAGGCCUUUACAGUUAGCAGUCUGUUGCUUUAACCACUGUGCCACCAUGGCUCCUUUAAUAUGACUGUGCUUAAUUAUUAUAGAUUGCCUGCUGAAAUUAAGAUUUUUCAGUUUUGCACAAAGAGCACUGUGCCUUCCAGAAGCUCUGCCAUCUGAAGUGGUUUGAGAACCACUGAAGUUGUUGUGCAAGAUAUUAGAGACCAAGGACUUUUAUAUCAUCAUCAUCAUCACAUGUAAUCAGAAGCCAUUGUACACAUUUUAGUGGGAAGUAACAUGAGGAAAAUUAGUUUUAAUGUUUUUUUUUCUGUUUGGGGGUUUUCUGGAAGGAGUGGUAGAACAUGAGAGUUGGCAGGGGAGUGAUGGUGAGAGGCAACCACUGUAAACAAUAUUGUCAUUUAAGUUCAUAUUAAACAUUUUAUUAAAAGUUCCUAAUACUCUAGGAUUAUAAUCCAAAUUAAAAUAUUCAGAUGGAGUUCUCUUCUUUUAGUUGUACAAGUGAAUUUGGAAUUGAUGAAAGCUGUACAAAUUAAAAUAAUUCGGUUAACACAAAUCAGAUUUUUUUUCAAAUAUUAUUCCCUCAAACCUGAUAAAUGCAUAUGUAUAUGAAACAUUUUGUAUUAGCACCUUAUUAUAUUGCCCUAUUAAUUUUUUAUGAAAUGUAAGGAUAUUUUAUAUUUAUAUAUGUAGUGCUUUGUAAUUUCACAGAGCGUUCAACCAUAUAUUUACAAGUUUACAGAAUACUUCUCCAUAAAUUAAAUUGCUUAAAUUUAAAACAUACUUGAAAAUUAUGGAGGCUCUCAAUUUGCAUUACUUGACUAACUUGAUUAAUUCUCAUGUAUUUAUGUUUUAGAUCAUUGUGUUACCUUUUUAUAUUGCCCUGCCUAUCCCUGUAUAAUGGAAUGCCUUUUUCUUUAUUUUAUACUACAUAUAGUACACAAAAUGAAAGUUGUCUAGUUUCACACCAUCACUUUUCUGGGUAGGAAUGAGUAGCUUUAGACUGAAUUUUCAAAAAGCACAUCAUUCUAGUAAUCUUACACUCAUUCAUUCCUAUAAGGCGUGUGUUACUAUGCCUAUUUUAAGAAAUGACUUGUGCAGGUAAGAUAGGUCUAUGAAGCCUGUAUUGAAGCCAAGGCUUGAAUUCAAAUCCUUUGACUAUAAAUCUCAUGCUCUUUGAACCAUACCACACCAUUCCCCAAUUUGUUUUUUGAUUAUUUAAUUUUCAAAAUCGUAAAUGUAUGUUUAAAGCAAACAACACCUAAGAGGAAGAGUACUCGGUGCCCUGGCUCUAUAAGAGAAAACCAGACUGUAAGAUGUGGAUACCUCUAAGAGAUUUAUGAACUUUUUUUUGGACCUAGUUUACAUGGUGAUUAAAACACAUCAGAUGACAAUUUCCCUUCACUCUAUUCUUUUCUAAAAUUUGAUUCUCUAAUCAUCAUAACUGUCCUUGCAAUCAUAGCCACUAAUUCACUAAGUAGAGAUCAUAAAGAGAUCAUAGUCAUAAACCUCCAAUCUCAGGGCCAUAAUGUAGCUGCUGAAAUGUGGGGGAAGACUGGUAUACCUUUUCUUACUGAGCAAAGAAACAUGAAGACACCUAGCUGAGUGUUGUGGGGUAGGAAUGGAGAAAGAAAUACUAAAUGGAUUCAGACAGACUUUGCCCCUAGGAAGUUUGCAGGAAGAUAAGUGAUAAAGAUAGUUAUAAUACUAGAUAAGAGUAACAGUAGAGGGAGUUAUGGAUCAAGUACUAUGAAAAUUCAAAGAAGAAAAUACAUCAUCUGGGUUGAUCUGGAGGAUUGAGCAUUUGAGUUGGGUGAGUUUUGAAUAGGCAGAAAGGGAUGUGGAGUAUUCUGUCUCAAGGGAGCAACAUGACCAAAGGCACUGUGCACAAAACAAUUAUUUGUUGAAUUUAUGAAUGAAUGGAGUCAGUUGGCAUUUGUUUUUUCACUGUUUGCUCGGUAUAACAUGUGAGUGUCUUGUAUGUGCCAGGCCCUGUGACAGGUAGGUGCUGGGAAUAAACAAUGAACAAAAUAGGAGAAAAGGCCCUCCUGGAACUAUAGCUAACAAGAGAGACAGAUAAAACCAAUAAAUUAAUGAAUAUGUAAUUUUAAGGUGGGAAAGACUGUUAAGCUACUGAAUAACUUGAGUGAGGACAGAUGGUUGAAUAGGGUGGUCACGGAAGUUCUCCUUGAGGAAACAAAAUGUAAACAGACCCACCUUCGUAAAGCCACUUGGGAUUGUUUACUCUGUUUAAAGUCUUCACCAUUGUUGCUAGGCCAAUAUAUUAAUUAUUUCCUCUUAAAGCACCAUCAGUGAAAUUUCCACAUUUCCUCAGUAUUUGCUUUAUUCAUUGUUGGAUUAUUUACCUGUUGUUGUAUUUAACGUGUCAUUCUUG